AUGGCUCAUCAUGAAAUUCUCCGCAAAGGUGUCUCCAUUGCAGCCUUGGCACCAGCACCUGUGGCCCCUGUCGCCCCUUUGGCACCAGUGAAGAUCAGUCUGGACGAUGUGCUGGAAGCACUUGAAGCGGAGGAUAUUCCUGAAAGCCGUCGUCAAAAUGUCAGAGAGCUCAACGACACGUCACGAGUCUUGGGCAUGUGCCUGGGUGUUACCUCGCAUUGGACCAAGGGUGCAAAGAUCUCUGCUGCUACACGUUGGAGGCCUUCGACCACAUCCCUGCUUUGCCGAUUUGCUCAACAGGAGUUGCCAGGCUUUGAAUUCUCCUCCAUCCAAGUGAACAAGGAUUACAAAGCCGCUAUGCACGUGGACAAGAACAACCUUGGACCUUCGUACAUCAUCGGACUAGGCGACUAUUCUGGAGGUUGGCUGUGGCUGGAUGAUGGCAGCAAAUUGGGUCGGGCCAAAAACAUCAGGAACAAGUGGUUCAAAUUUGACGGCCGGAAGCCUCAUUGUGUGACUCCCUUCAGUGGACGUCGUUACACUCUGGUUUUCUUCACGUAUUCGAAUCCCAAAAUGGCAACAGCGCUGUCACAGAAGGAGCAGUUGUAUUUGCGGGAGCUGGGCUUUCCACUGCCCAAGGAGGUGUGCUGCCACGCAGCAUCCCAACCAUCCAUGAUCUACCUCCCGGCAGUCUGGCGGGUGCCACGUGCGCGGCAGAUCUUUACGGAUUUUGAGCGAGAGGUGCUACGCCGUGGAGGUUUGGGUCGCAGAACUCAAGCCAUCCAGGUUGGCCAGAAGAAGGUUGGAGUCAUGCUGGAGCCUUCUAUGCCUCUGCGCAUGGUCACUGCCGCGCUAAGCGCCGACGAAAACAAACACGGCCAACACGUGCAGGCAGAAGAUGCCAUGGACCAAGAUGAGGUUGACAACAUGGCUCUUUAUGCUGGCUCACUCAGGCUGUUGGGAAGCGACAGCAUCAAGUGGCUAUCUUUGGGUCGUGGCCAUCUGAAGGCUCGGUGUUCCACCUGGGUCGGUGAUGCGGUGAUUUUGAAUCGUGCGAACGAUCGCAGGCUCGCCGACUGGCUUGAGACCGAUGUGUCAGAAUUUAUCGAGUCGAAUCAUAGCAAAGCGAGUCGUGCCUUGUGCAGCGUGGUCUUUGUCGAGCAAUGCGACAUGGAGGCCUUGGCCGACAUCUACAGCGCGUUGUCCUACGUGAGUUCACAACUCCUGGUGGCAGCACUCCGGCCAGACGUGGUGAGAGCUUUGGCCAAUUGGCAGGAGGAUCUGCGAUACGAAGCAUGGGCACGCUGCCGAAAUCUGGUGCGUGUGUCGUGCUUCUGCGGGGCCUGCCAUUGGUACGUUUCUCAAGCAUCGCUCUCCGAGACUGUGAACUGCAGUUGCAAUGGUGAAAGCAGCUGCCCGAACCAGGGCAGCUGUCGGUCGUACGUGGCCUGGCUCCGUACUCGCUAUGGCGUGAAACUGCAAAGCAUCAAGUGGCUAUGGCUCCCCAAAGGCACACCGCGACACGACGGUGUAGCAUGGCGUAGCGUGAAGCGGUAG